GAUGGCAAUUAUGGCCAACUCCAAAUAAUCUCAUUAAUUCCCAUCAUUUUUCCCCAACGUUAGUGUCUCCUCUAAUUCCUUAACAUUCACCGCUCCUCAUUCUGGCAUGGAGGAGCGGUCACCACCUGCAGCCGGCGGCAAAGCCAGAAAUCUCCUUUCAUCAGCCACAUCGCUUCGCCUCUCUCUAACACCGGCUCGUUCACAAGAUCAUACCUACGUUGUUCAAAUCCCUCGUGAUCAAGUUUAUCGUGUCCCUCCUCCUGAAAAUGCCAAAAUUGUUGAAAAUCAUCGACAACCAGACACUCAAAAGAAAAGGAAAUGUACAUGUUGUUGUUGGAUAUUUUCAGCGUUAUUACUUAUAGGUAUUGCGAUUGGAAUCAUCAUGUUGAUUGUUCACACAAUGUAUACACCUAAAUCUCCUGAAUUUUCAAUUAUUAAUGUUCAUUUCAAAAACGUUACGCAACCUUCAAAUGGACAAAAGAAUAAGAGUCAUCCAGUCCCUCAAUUUGAGAUCGAUUUGAAAAUCGUUAACAUUAAUGAGAGAAUGGAGGCUUCUUUUGGUAAAGGCGAUAAUGGAAUAGCGGCUCUUAAUUUUAAGAAUCAUGAAAUUGGACAGGGGAAAUAUACCGCGAUUUCUCAAGAACCUAAAGAUUCAACAAAUUCUCAAUUUAAUCUUGAUGCUGGGAAAUUACCUGCUGAUUUUCAGAAAAGUCUUAAUGAUGACAAGAAGGCGAUACCAAUGACUUUAAUUAUUAAUGCACCAAUGGAGAUUACGAGCUGGGCAAAAACAUUGAAAAAAGAAGUGACUGUUACGUGUGAUUUCGACGUUGAAUCGGUGAAAGGUAAAUCCAAGAUCAAAUCCGAAGAUUGUAAGACUGAUUUUUAAAUGCAAAGAAGAUGGAUCGUACGUGAAUGGAAAA